GACAAGUGAGAAGGCACUCACUUUCCACUUUGGUCUCAAAAGGUGUUGUGUCCCUUUUUGCAUUUUCUUCUGUUCUGUCGUUCAACUACACAAACAUGCGUUGAAUCAGUCAGCCUAUUCUACCAACUCUUUCAAACAAACACACCGUCAUUUUUUUACCCUAUUCAUCGUAUAAAUAACACCAUCCACCAUUCACCAUUUCCAUCGUCAUCUUUAUGCUCCUUCUCUUGCUUUCUAUCCAUUCUUUCCUUUCUCGCUUUCUCGCUUUCUCGCUUUAAACUGUUUUCUAUCCCAAAAAUUUGACUUGCUUCUGGUGCAACAGAAGCACAAAAAUGAAGUUUGGAAAAGAAUACAAAGCACAGAUGGUGCCGGAGUGGCAAGAGGCAUACAUGGAUUACAAUUUUCUGAAAUCCCAGUUGAAGCAAGUCCAGCGUUUCAGACAGAGCAGAAAAGCUCCUGCAGCGACGCCGAGAGGACUGAGGCGAAAGCUAACGCUGUACAGAGCCUUCAGUGGUCUGACAAACAGACAGUACCACCCUCUGAGUCCCUCCGUUGACAUAGAGAGCCAGCACAUCGCGGUGCAGACGGUGAAGCGGGGAGGAUCGGAGAGGUACGAAACGACGUUCCUGAUGAGCUCGGACGAAGGAGGGGAGUACGAGUUGGUGUACUUCAAGAGACUGGACGACGAGUUGAACAAGGUGGAGAAGUUCUACAGAGGGAAAGUGGAGGAGGUGAUGAAGGAAGCUGCAAUGCUGAACAAGCAAAUGGACGCUUUGAUCGCCUUCAGGAUCAAAGUUGAGAACCCCACUGCCUCCUUUCAUCGCUCCCUCGAGAUGACUCGCCUUGCCUCCGACGUUGCUUCUUCUACCGCCGUUCUCUCUUCUUCCACACCCAGAGGGGCCAAACUCAACAGAAAAGCUUCGAUGAUUAUGGAAGUUAUUGAAGAGGGUAGCACUCAUCAUGAACAAUCAGAUGAUUCUAAUGAGGAUGAUCAAGAACAAGUAAAAGAAACUGUUAAACCAAAAGUUGAGGAAAAGAAGCCAAAGAAUCUGAGGGUUACUAGACCAGCUCCUUUGGAAGUACUUGAUCGUGUGCAACUGAACCACACCUUUGAAACUCCACGUUCAACUAUAAAAGGUGUUCUCAAUUUCCCAGGCCAGACAGAACUACAUUUCAGCAGAAAAAAUCUUAACAAAGUUGAGGAACAACUUCAACGCUCGUUCAUUGAAUUCUACCGCAAGCUUCGCCUUCUCAAGAGCUUUAGCUUUCUAAAUACUUUGGCAUUUUCAAAGAUAAUGAAGAAAUACGAUAAGAUCACAACAAGAGAUGCAGCUAAAGCGUAUAUGAAAACGGUGGACAACACCCAAUUUGGAAACUCUGAUGAGGUGACUAAACUCAUGGAUAGGGUUGAGAAAACAUUCACUAAGCACUUCUACAACUCAAAUCGUAAUAAAGCCAUGAAUAUCUUAAGACCAAAAGCAAAGAGGGAAAGACACAGAGUUACGUUUUCCAUGGGUUUCUUAGCAGGAUGCGCAGCAGCUCUGGUGUUAGCCCUUAUUCUAAUCGUUCGUACCAGAAAAAUAUUGGAUCAUUCAGGGAGUACAACGUACAUGGAAUCCUUGUUCCCACUGCAUAGUCUGUAUGGAUUCGUAGUUCUACACUUGCUGAUGUAUGCUGCUGAUAUAUACUUCUGGAGGCGGUACAGAGUGAACCACUCAUUCAUAUUUGGCUUCAAGCCAGGAACUGACUUAGGCUACAACCAGGUCCUUCUGAUCGGUUUUGGUCUGGCAGUGUUGGCACUGGGUGGUGUGCUUGCAAACCUAGACAUGCAGAUAGAUCCACAGACAAAAGAUUACCAAACAUUGACCGAACUCAUUCCACUCAUCUUACUUCUUGUUCUGAUUGCUAUUUUAUUGUGCCCCAUAAACAUCUUUUAUCGCUCAAGCAGGGUUUUCCUCCUCAUAUGCCUAUUUCACUGUAUAUGUGCACCUCUUUACAAGGUCACACUCCCGGAUUUUUUCUUGGCAGAUCAAUUUACUAGCCAGGUGCAAGCCUUGAGAAGUUUUGAGUUUUACAUUUGCUACUACGGGUGGGGUAAUUUCAAACAGAGAGAAAACACCUGCAACUCUAGCAGCGUAUUCCUCACCUUUUCAUUCAUCGUGGCUGUUAUCCCCUACUGGUCCCGUUUCCUGCAGUGUCUUAGGAGGCUGUUCGAAGAGAAAGAUCCAAUGCAAGGAUAUAAUGGAUUGAAAUACUUCCUUACAAUUAUUGCUGUUUGCCUGAGGAUAGCGCAUAAUCAGAACAAUUCAAUGGUGUGGAAAGUGUUGGCCUGGGUUUUCUCAAUAUUUGCAGCAGUUGCUUCUACAUAUUGGGACCUUGUAAUAGACUGGGGCCUUCUGCAAAGACGUUCCAAGAACCGCUGGUUGAGGGACAAACUCGCAAUCCCUCAUAAAAGUGUAUAUUUUAUAGCCAUGGUCCUUAACGUCUUGUUGAGAUUUGCCUGGUUGCAGACAGUCUUGAGAUUCAACGUCAGCUUCUUGCAUAAACAAGCCAUGACUACCAUUGUUGCAUGCCUAGAGAUCAUUCGUCGUGGUAUAUGGAACUUCUUCAGAUUGGAGAAUGAGCAUUUGAACAAUGUUGGCAAGUACCGUGCUUUCAAGUCUGUGCCUCUACCCUUCAAUUACGACGAAGAUGAAGAUAAAGACGAGUGAUGAGUACUUGGCUAGGACAUGGAUUUUAUUUCCCUCUUUUCCUUUUCCAAAUCAUCUUUUUUCUCAUUCUUUUCUUCUAUCUUUCUUCAUAUGCACUAGUUCAAGAGUAAAUAUUUUCUUUUGAUUAAAGCAAUAUUUGAAGGGUAGCUGAAAAUAUUGCAAGGGGAAGAGUAUGUAACACCCCCUCACAUUUCUGUCCAUAAUACAAAUGAGGAAAUGUAUUACAAUUCAAUAGAUG